CAUUCCGGUACCUAGUGACCUAUAUUGGUUUGACAAAUCUGAAACUGAGUUGUUAAACACCGCAAAUUCCAUGGAUACGAAUUUCUGUACUGAUUGCAGUCACAGAGCAUACAAGGCUUUUACUAGUAAGCAUUUCAAAAACAUAUUUUUAUAAUAAUUUCAUAACUUCACUUUUCUAUUGUGCUAUUGCUUUUGAUAAUGCAGCCAAUUCAGGAGCAGGUGAAACGUACACGCUCCUAUGUGGAAGAGGUUUUUCGGCAAAUUGAACUAAAACCGGAUGUAGUAGAUAUCAUAAUCUUAAACAAAAAUGGAAACCCGGUAAAGACAACGAUGGAACAGCAAUCAGCUAUUGAGUUUGCCGGUCUGUACGAGGUGUUGAAGGAAAAAGUGCAAUUAGGUUUACAGAAAAUUGAUCCUGAGAAUGAGCUUUUAAUGCUGCGAGUGCGCACCAAAGCCAAUGAAGUUCUUAUAACACCAGAUGAAAAGAUUACCGUAAUGGUUGUGCAAAAUGCGCAAGACAGAAUACAAUUAUGAAUUUAAAUUUAGAAUUUUUGUAAUAGUUUGCUAUGUCAAUCCAUAAUAAACAUAUAAAAAUAUGAUCAU